AAACCAAUUUAAAAGUAUCAUUCUUAAUGUUUUAUAUACGUUAAAUCUAAAAAUAAUUAAUAUAUAUAUAAGUAUAUAAAUCUAUUUUUAGAUAAAUUCGGGUACCCGAAUACUUCGGUUCGGAUCAGAUUUGGUUCUCUAAAUAACAAAAUUUUGAAUAAUUCGAAUAUUUAAUCAAUUUAUGUUCGGGUUUGGUACUAUAUUUUCGGAUCGGUAUCGGUUCUGUUCUUUGGAUUCAUUUUGUAAAACCUUAAUAAUUACAUGAAAAACAAAUAUCAACAUAUUUUUCAAAAUGUACAUCCGCGCGCCUGCGCGGGUCAAAAUCUAGUAAAUGAUUUAUUGUUGAUGCACAAACUUUUAAUUCUAAACAUGGUACUCCUUAUUUGUGUUUUUGUUCAAGUUGUAUCUAUCCUCCUAUUAGUUUAACUCGUUAAUUUAUGUUGAUCCUUUAUUUCUCAUAUUUAGUGGAAAUAUUAGUAUCCUCUAAUAAAAUUUAGUUAAAGUUAGUCAUUUAGACUAAUUAAAUAAUAAUAAGCUGGUAAAAUUAAAAUACUAAGAAGCUUUAAAGUUAAAAAAACUUAACUAUGCCAAAUUAAUGGUAUGAAAAUUAUCAGAAAUUUAUUGUAUUAUAGAACUCGACAUAUUUAUUUUCUAAACAUAAUUUAUUUAAUGAAUACAAAGAAUAGUUUAUCAGUGUAUGUAUUGUCAUGGACGCGCUUUGGAAUGACUUUCAAUCAUCCAACCUAUUUAUGGUGAUCUCAUUGUAUAGUUGAUUCUUCAUUGUUUGUACAUUUUGAUAUACCCACAGACCCGUAACAGCUGACUUACUGAAGAUUAGUUCUUUCAGACUUAAUCUUUGAGUUUAUGGUCAAAGAAACAAAGUGAUUAAGUUGUCACGUACGUUUUUUUUUCUUGGAAAGAAAAAGUAAUCAAGAAGAAGAUGUCACACUUAUUAAUUAUUUUGCUAGUACAUUUGAAAUUCCUUUGCAAUUGCUUGUAAUUUUCAUAAACAAUUUAAAAUGUUUAGAGUUAUGCUAUAACCUUCUAUACAUUUUCAAAGUAUACGACAACUUAGAUCUAUAUAAAAGGCCACCAAAAGUCAUAAUUUUGCAUUCAGUUUCCAAAAGAAAAAAGAAAAGAAACAAUGAAAGGUUACAUUAUUGCUCUUAUAGUAUGUGCCUGCGUCGCUAUAAUCGCGGUUGUUCUUAUCUUAUGUUGUCUUCAAAACCGCAAAAAGAAAAAAACGUGGUCUCCUCCACCGCGUCCGCCGGUAAAAGACGUUGAAAAAGGUAGAAGCAGUGUCGCAAGAGAUGGAGGGCUUGUUGUUUUGACAGGCACCGCUGUCACCACAGCCGUUGUAGCUACGGCUGUAACCACCGGAACCGCCGAUGAAAUUAGUGGUGGUGGAGGAGGCGGGGAAGGCGGAGGAGAAUGUGAUGGUGGUGGAGAUGGUGGAGGAGGAUGUGGAGGUUGCGGUGGUUGCGGCGGUUGUGGCGGGUGUGGAGGUUAAAGGCUGUAUAGUUAUUAGUGACGUAAUAGUGAAUUUGCAUGCAAGGUUUUAAAUUGUGAAUGUAAGGUUUUAAGUGUGAUCUCCUUAAUGAGAUAAAAAAAAUUGUAAUCAUAAUUAAUGGGAUUGUAAUAAGGUGAAUAUAACCAUUAUAUAUGUAAUCUAAAUUUUAUGGUUUUCUA